AUGGAAUCGAGUCCGCCGUCUCAGAAACUGUCUCAGAAACUGUCUCACAAACUGUCUCCACUACAGUCAGAGUCAAAUACUGAGAAAUACUCGAAUGAAGUUCCUGAUAAAGUUGUCGUUCGACUCAAGGCUACAGGAAGUGCUCCUAUUUUAAAACAAACAGUAUUCAAGAUCUCCUCAUCAAGCAAGUUUCAGAAUGUUAUUGCUUUCUUACGAAAAGAGUUGGCAUACAAACAGGGAACUAUGUUCGUGUAUGUCAAUUCCUCAUUCGCUCCAUCCCCAGACGAAGGUAUUGACAAUCUGUAUCGAUGCUUUGCAAUCGAUGGCAAACUGAUUGUGAAUUAUUCUAUUACACCAGCAUGGGGUUGA